AGCAUGCUCAGAGGCGGCCGCGCAGCCCCGCGCUCACCGGCUCUCGCUCGCCCGCAGGUGCCAUGCGGGCCCGGGGCGGCCCCGGGGCGCCGUGAGCGGGAUGCGGCGCCUGCUGGGCGCGGGCCGGGCCCGGAGGGUCGCCUGCCUGCUGGCCGCCGCCUACGCGCUCCGGCGCCUGCAGCCCGUGCUGCGCCGGCGCCUGCAGCCCGGCCGGGCCGCGGGGAGCGCGGGGAGCCCGGGGGACGCGCGCCCGCCCGUGCCCGCGCCGGACGCGGGCUUCCUCCGGCAGCUGCUGCAACUUCGGAAGAUCCUCUUCCCGCGCCUGCUGACCACGGAGACGGGCUGGCUGUGCCUGCACUCGCUGGCCCUGGUCUCCAGGACCUUCCUGUCCAUCUACGUGGCCAGCCUGGACGGUAAGAUCGUGAAGAGCAUCGUGGAGAAACGGCCCCGCGCCUUCGUCCUCAAGCUGGUCAAGUGGCUCCUGAUCGCCAUCCCCGCCACCUUCGUCAAUAGCGCCAUCCGCUACCUGGAGUGCAAGCUGGCCCUGGCCUUCCGGACCCGCCUGGUGGCCCAUGCCUACCAGACCUACUUCGCCGACCAGACCUACUACAAGGUGGUGAACAUGGACACGAGGCUGGCCAACCCCGACCAGUCCCUCACCGAGGACAUCCUCAUGUUCUCCCAGUCGGUGGCCCACCUCUACUCCAACCUGACCAAGCCCAUCCUGGACGUCAUCCUGACCUCCUACACGCUCAUCCGGACGGCCACGUCCAGGGGCGCCAGCCCCGUUGGGCCCACCCUGCUCGCCGGCCUGGUGGUGUACGCCACGGCCAAGGUGCUCCGGGCUUGCUCGCCACGGUUCGGGACACUGGUGGCCGAGGAGGCACACCGCAAAGGCUACCUGCGCUACGUGCACUCGAGGAUCAUCGCCAACGUGGAGGAGAUCGCCUUCUACCGCGGACACAAGGUGGAAAUGAAGCAACUCCAAAAAAGUUACAAAGCUUUAGCAGAUCAGAUGAACCUCAUUUUGUACAAGCGUUUGUGGUAUAUCAUGAUAGAGCAGUUCUUGAUGAAGUAUGUUUGGAGCAGCAGUGGACUAAUCAUGGUGGCUGUGCCUAUCAUCACCGCGACUGGCUUUGCAGAUGGGGACUCAGAGGACGGCCCCAAACAAGGUAAGGUCAGCGAGCGAACAGAAGCCUUCACCACUGCACGCAACCUGCUGGCCUCAGGAGCGGAUGCGAUUGAGCGAAUCAUGUCUUCAUACAAAGAGAUCACGGAACUAGCAGGCUACACUGCCCGAGUGUACAAUAUGUUUUGGGUCUUUGAUGAGGUAAAAAGAGGCAUUUAUAAGAGAUCUGUCACACAAGAGUCCAAAACCCAGAGCAAGAAUGGAGCUAACACAGAACUUCUCAGUGAUGCUCUAGCAAUCAAAGGAAAAGUUAUUGAUGUGGAUCACGGGAUUAUUUGUGAAAAUGUCCCCAUCAUUACGCCAACAGGAGAGGUUGUGGCUUCCAGGCUGAACUUCAAGGUAGAAGAAGGGAUGCACCUUUUGAUAACUGGACCCAAUGGCUGUGGGAAAAGCUCUCUCUUCCGAAUUCUGAGUGGACUCUGGCCUGUAUAUGAAGGAGUCCUCUACAAGCCACCUCCUCAGCACAUGUUCUAUAUUCCACAAAGGCCCUACAUGUCUCUGGGGAGUCUCCGGGACCAAGUCAUCUACCCCGACUCUCAGGACGACAUGCGGGAAAAGGGCUUCACAGACCAGGACCUGGAGCACAUCCUGCGGCGCGUGCACCUCUUCCACAUCGUGCAGCGAGAAGGAGGGUGGGAUGCUGUAAUGGACUGGAAAGACGUCUUGUCUGGAGGAGAAAAGCAAAGGAUGGGGAUGGCACGCAUGUUCUAUCACAGACCCAAGUAUGCGCUGCUGGACGAGUGCACCAGUGCGGUGAGCAUCGACGUGGAAGGCACCAUCUUCCAGGCCGCCAAGGCCGCUGGCAUCUCCCUGCUGUCCAUCACUCACCGGCCGUCGCUCUGGAAGUACCACACUCACCUCCUGCAGUUUGAUGGUGAAGGAGGUUGGCGCUUUGAACAGCUGGACGCUGCCAUCCGCUUAACCCUGAGUGAAGAAAAACAAAAGCUAGAAUCUCAGCUCGCGGGAAUUCCAAAGAUGCAGCAGAGACUGAAUGAACUAUGCAGAAUUCUGGGAGAAGACUCGGUGCUGAAAACAGUGAGGCACGGCGAGGAGGUGCCCUAGGUGGCCAGCAUGCGUGGGACCUUCCCUUCAGGUAGCAUGACGCCCAGCAUGCGUGGAAAGUAGUGCGCUCUCCUGAGAGGAUGGCUCGGGCGGCCUCCGCAGACACGCCGCACUGCAGCACGAGCCACCCCACCGGCCUUGCUUUAUGAUGGGAACAGUUUUCCGUGGCAGUUCAUGGGUUUUUGUGUCAAAUUUUGGGCCGCUACUACAGGUACCAAUGAACAUGUUAGUUUUCACUGAGACGUUCAUUCUGAGUCUGGUUUCGUCCUUGGAACAGGCCCCUCCUGUCAGAAUCCGGCAUCUUACUAUCAUUCGUGAGCCUGGAAAAACGUGCUCACAUCUUGGAUCCAGACCCAGGGGAGCCGCACGCUCCUGAGCUGUGCGGGAAACGGAAGUGCUAGGGGGGCGUGGCCUGCCCGAGGUCUGAGCUCAGGCCGCACUUGGCCCCGGGCGAGCUGCUGCAGGAGCGGGUCCCUCCUCAUGGUGCUGCCUCUCCUCACCACCAAGCGCGGGGUGCCCGGGCGGCCUUCCUUCCGGAAUGUUCCGUCAGAGAGCCUGCCUCACAGCAGAGGCUGCCGAUGGAAACCCUCGAAGUCCAUUGACCUGUCCCCCUCUCCUCAUGUCCUCCCCACUCCCCCACACACGCCCCUCCUCUCUCUCCCGAAACAAAUCACUUGUUACAGAAGUGGGUGCUCACAGCGUGCCGUGGGGAACAGGCCUCCGGCGGGAAACUGUCCGGGUGCGUGGGGCCAGGAGCUCUACACACCCUGUGUGUCUCCGGGAUCUGGUUUUAAUGCUGUCAUGUGGUCAUGAGCUAUGACGUAUUCGAACUAUGGUGGUAUCAGUAUAAAUAUACGAAAUACAACCCAAUCCAUAUAAAGUGGGAGUCACCCUUAUGAAAUAUAAACAUAUGUUUAUAUGUUAAACUAUUGGACACACCACGCUUAAUCAGAAUGUCCCAGACGUAGCCGUCUUGCAGACACGCAGAAAGACGCUUGGGUGGCCUCUGUCGCAGUGGGGCCCAGACCAGACAAGCUCAUUGCCGUCACCAUUGUGGGGCCAGUCACACUGCGCUGUAGCAGAGGCCCAGAAUUUCCAUCUUCCAAAAUUAUAUCCUGUUUCCCUUUUAUGUAGGGUUAGAUAUACUUUCAGUAUAGGAAUGAAAAUACAUCAGGAGAUAGAGUAAGCACAAAGAAUUGGGUAUCUAAAAGUGACACUUUAGAUAAGAGAAAGUUGAUUACAAAGGCAUUUCUCGAGGUCGAGUGAAUCCAUUCUGCCUGAAUUCCUAGGAAAUAAUUUCCUCCUUUGCCUGUUCUGUUUUUCAAAUUAAUGUUUUAUUAUAAAAACAACAUAUUUUCAAAUCGGAACUGUAGAGAAAUGCCAGAAAACAUUAGGCAAAAGUAUUAGGAGACGAAGCUCACCAAAAUAAAUGUGUAUAAUUUUCCUUUA